CUACAUACAUUUCAUUACAUUUUUUUUUUAAAGUGACCUGGAAAAAAAUAACAAAAAUUUCAGACACACACUAACCCAAACACACAAGCCCUUUUUUCCAUAUAUUAUAUAACUUUUAAAAUAACUUUUAUUAUAAAAAACAAACAAACAAAGAUUCAUAAUUUAUUCCAAAGAUCCAUACCCUUUUUUAUACAUCUAGGGUUCUUUACAAACCCCACCUUUUUCAUAUAUAAUAUUUUUACUUAUGGACUUUUGAUCUUUGAUUCUUACUCUAAGUCAUGGUGGACGUUGACGAUAUGAUCGUUGUUUCUGGAAACGGGAGUGCUCAUGAUGCAGAUCAUGAACAAUAUUCCAACUAUGAUGAGGAAGAUGACUCUGUGGAAAUCGUAGCCAGAAUUCCCAAUUACAAUCCUGAAACUAAAGCAGAAAAUGGGAAUUCUAACGAUACAUUUGCUGAACAAGUUGAAGAAAGUAACAAUCUUGAUGCUUUUGAGGAACUUCAAGUGAAAGAUACUGAUUUACCAGCUCAACCCGAAUGUCAAAGUGAUACGGGAAUCAAUCUGGAUAUUAAAAGUGAUAUGAAAAAGAAGACAGUUGGUAAUGAUGGGAAGAAAACUACUUCGGUUAGAAGUGGAUCGAUACCUAUUGAGAAGAAGAGUGGCAAAUCAAAACCGGUAAUGGUUCAAGUUAAGGCCCCUCUUUCUAAGCCUGGAAAGUCGGAUUCUCCAACAUCUAAUGCAAAUGUGGUGCAAUCUGAAGGUCUCAAGGUGAAGAGUAAAGUGAAAUCAACAAAAACAGUUCAUGGAAGUACAACAGAAGGAAGAGCACAUUCUUCUGAAAGCUCCACAACAGGAGAUGAAAAACCACAAAGACUGGGCACGCUGCCUGCCUAUAGCUUUAGUUUCAGGUGUAAUGAAAGAGCCGAAAAACGGAAAGAGUUCUAUUCUAAGCUCGAGGAGAAGAUUCAUGCAAAAGAAGAAGAAAAAAAUACAUUGCAAGCCAAAUCCAAGGAACAUCAAGAAGCUGAGAUUAAAAUGUUACGAAAGAGCCUUAUGUUCAAAGCAACACCUAUGCCCACAUUCUAUCAUGAAACUCCACCUAAGACAGAGUUAAAGAAGAUACCGACUACACGACCCAAAUCACCAAAACUUGGACGGAAAAAGGACUCACCGACGGCGGAAAUGGAGGCAAAUAAUGGUAAUGCUUUUCGUCCUGCUCGAUUAAGUUUGGAUGCAAAGAAGUCACUGAACAACAAACCCAUCACUAAAGGUCCCUCUGUUGCCACAAAGAAACCGAUAAGGAAAUCUCUUCCCAGGCUACCUUCUGAAAAGACCAAAUUGCCCACCGACUCCAAAGAUAGAAAAGAAGCGUCUUCCCAAGAGGUUCCAGUUUCUUCCAGCGAAACAAACAAACUUAAAGAUUCAUCAAAUAUCCAGGAGGCAGAUUCACAUGCCAUCGAGGAAAAAGCCAAUUGAAAUGACGAGAAUGGUGUAUUUCAUUGAGUUAUCGGUUCCAAUUUCGCUCUCCAAAGUAUAUAAAUGAUGGCCUUGAUUGAAAACUGGAGGUGGGAAGACUUUCACUUGUUGCAAAUUAGAAGGGUUUGUUUAAAUCUUGUUCCAUUGUUGUUCAUAGUCAGCUGCCUUGCAUGCAUGCAUGCAAAGUCCGGUAAGUGUUUUUGUCGUGCUUUUCGAGAAUGGUGGUGUGACCAUUUUGCCCUUAUUUGAGCAUUGGAUGUUUAGUUUUUCCUUUGAACAAUUGAUUCCUGAACUGUAAUGGAAUGUGCUUUAGUUUUACUAAUUAUCAAGAAACUAGUUCUGUUUCA